AGUAUCGGGAUGAAAAACCUUACGCCAGAAGGGGGAGCCGCGUCCUCGGCUUCCAGAAGGCACUCCGCCACCAAGGAGCCCUGCCUUCCUCACGUAGAGGACGCUCCCGCAUCCUCACGGCCCACUGCUGCCUCCGGAGCCACGGAGACCCGCGGACCUCAUCCGGGCGAUGCUGCCCACCACGGCCACAGCAGCAAAGCAUCUGGGGCGGAGGCGUCGGACUCGGCACCGGCCGUUGCGAUAGACACCGCGGACGCGACAACGGGUGAUGCAGGUCGCAACAGCGUCGCUCCCAUUUCCAGCAUGAAAUGCAACAAAAACGGAGAAUGCAGGAGGGACUCGGGCACCGGGAGCCUUCGCUCGAUCAUCUCCAAGCAGGAGAAGCAGAGCGGCGGCGGGUCGGCGAGGGCCGAAGACGGAGGGGGCGCCAAGCGCGGAGCUUGUAACUCGACCAGCGCCAGCAUGGACGGCUCCAUCACGCCAGGCGGGUCCCUCGCUGGGGGGCACGCAGGCGAGGGCGCUACCCCCGUGCCCGAGAAAAAGGACCCUAAGGUGUCAUUCUCCAACGCACCCAGCCGGAAAGCCUCGUCGUCCCUGCACGGGCCGGGCCAGACUCCGCAGCCCAGGAACUCUGUCACUUUCCAGAAGACGGAGGACGGACCCUCGAUUGUCGCCGCCGAGGAUGCAGAAGCCCGAGGCAGCCAGGCCAGCUUCAUGCAGAGGCAGUUCAGUAGUAUGCUGCAGCCGGGAGUGAACAAAUUCUCCUUGCGCAUGUACGGCAGCCAAAAGGCUGUGGAGCGAGAGCAGGAGAGAGUCAAAUCAGCCGGGAAUUGGAUUAUCCACCCAUACAGUGAUUUCAGGUUCUACUGGGAUUUCACAAUGCUGCUGUUUAUGGUGGGCAACCUGAUCAUCAUCCCCGUAGGCAUCACCUUCUUCAAAGAGGAGACCACCACGCCCUGGAUCAUUUUCAAUGUGGUCUCGGACACUUUCUUCCUCAUGGACCUGGUGCUCAACUUCCGCACAGGAAUCAUCAUCGAGGACAACUCAGACAUCAUUUUGGACCCUGAAACCAUUAAGAAAAAGUACCUAAAGACGUGGUUCAUUGUAGACUUCAUCUCAUCCAUCCCUGUGGAUUACAUAUUCCUCAUAGUGGAGAAAGGGAUUGAUUCUGAAGUGUACAAGACCGCUCGAGCCCUGAGGAUCGUCCGCUUCACCAAGAUCCUCAGCCUUCUGCGGUUGUUGAGGCUCUCGAGAUUAAUACGCUACAUACACCAAUGGGAAGAGAUCUUCCAUAUGACCUACGACCUGGCCAGUGCUGUGAUGCGGAUCAUCAACCUGAUUGCCAUGAUGCUGCUGCUGUGUCACUGGGACGGCUGCCUACAGUUCCUGGUUCCAAUGCUGCAGGACUUCCCCUCUGACUGCUGGGUGUCCCUCAACAAAAUGGAGAAUGAUACCUGGUCUGAGCUGUACUCUUUUGCCGUCUUCAAGGCAAUGAGCCACAUGCUGUGCAUCGGAUACGGCCGUCAAGCCCCUGAGAGUUUGUCAGAUAUCUGGCUCACCAUGCUGAGUAUGAUCGUGGGAGCCACUUGCUACGCUGUUUUUAUUGGCCACGCCACAGCUCUCAUCCAAUCCCUGGACUCCUCCAGACGGCAAUAUCAAGAAAAGUACAAACAAGUGGAGCAGUACAUGUCCUUCCACAAACUGCCUGCCGACUUCCGUCAGAAGAUCCACGACUAUUACGAGCACAGAUACCAGGGCAAGAUGUUUGAUGAGGAGAGCAUUCUGGGAGAACUCAGCGAGCCACUGCGAGAGGAAAUUGUCAACUUCAAUUGUCGCAAGCUGGUGGCCUCCAUGCCCCUGUUUGCCAACGCAGAGCCAAAUUUUGUCACGGCCAUGUUGACUAAACUGCACUUUGAGGUAUUCCAGCCACAUGAUUACAUCAUACGGGAAGGCACCAUUGGAAAGAAAAUGUACUUCAUCCAGCACGGAGUGUGCAGUGUCAUCACUAAAGGCACACUUGCAAUGAAACUCUCUGAUGGCUCAUAUUUUGGAGAGAUCUGUCUGUUGACGAGGGGUCGACGGACGGCCAGCGUCCGAGCAGAGACGUACUGUCGACUCUACUCUCUGUCUGUCGACCACUUCAAUGAGGUGCUGGAAGAAUAUCCCAUGAUGAGACGAGCCUUUGAGACGGUGGCUAUUGAUCGUUUAGAUCGCAUAGGUAAAAAGAAUUCCAUCCUGAUGCACAAGGUUCAGCACGAUCUCAACUCUGGUGUCUUCAACAACCGCGAGAACGAGAUGAUCCAAGAGAUCGUCAAAUACGAUCGUGAGAUGGUGAAGCUUGUGGACCUGCAGAGGCCACGGGCAAUGUCGAUGACCCCCUCCAUCGGUGGUAUCUUUGCUCCCCCUGGCCAGUCCCAGACUGGUUCCGCUAUCGCCACCCUCCAGCAGGCUGUCGCCAUGAGCUUCUGUCCUCAAAUGGCGAGUCCGCUCGUGGGUCCGGGGACUUUACAGUCUCCUCGUAUGGUGCGAAGGUUCCAGGUGAUGCAGAACUUACAAAGCCCAGUCUCUAUGUCUCCUCUUCAGUCACAACCCCCUCAGACGUUCGGAGGGGCAUUUGGAUCCGCAAUCUCCAGCCCGCCCGUCCAAAGCCCUUUAGCCGCUUCAGGACGGACUUUCCAGUACAUGGCCAGCGUGGGCCCCUCGGGGUCCCAGUUGUCUUUAGUACAGCACCAUGUACCCAGUCCCACACAGACCCAUCAGAGGCCUGCCUCACACAAGAGCACCCACUCCCUUCACACAGGGAGCUUGAGCCAGGAUACCCGUGCACUGUCUGCCUCCCAGCCUUCACUCCCCCAGGAGGGAGGGCCGCAAGCUGCAUCUGCGGUCCCCAGCCCUCCUCCCUCGACCCGCACCUCCAACACCUCCAUUGGACCCCCACACCCUAACUUACCCGGGCCCUCUGGGGUGGGGAGAUCAGCGGGCACUCAACAGAGGGUAGCCUUCGCCUCCACACCUCCUCCCAGUGGACCUGCUGCAACGGGGGCAGUAGCAGUGGCUGCUGGAUCAGGACCUCCAGACUCUGGCGUUCCCAAGAAGGAUUCAAUUGUCAGCCUUCCAGAGCUAGACUCUGCCAGAUCCCGGCUGUCUUCCAACUUGUGACCCUGGUCCAUUUCAGGAAAGAGGCCUUUUUUGUAGGUGAAUCUGUUUGUUUUGGGUCAAUCUCAGUGAUCCCAAUUACCAUUCGGCUGUUGCUGGCGGCACUAGUCAUUGGGGCUGGAUGUCAGCUGAAGGAGACACGUCUCAAUGUUUUGGGACUUUGAGCGAGGAGAAGGCUAUACAAUGAAACUAGUAUUACGUGAGGUUGAACUGGUCUAGUCUACUUUUCCAGCACCUUUAUUCUUAGUAUCACCCCUUACACUCUGCUUCCAAAAAACCUACUGUAUAUCACUGUCUUUAUUGUAAAGAUAUUUAGAAAGGUAUGAUGAUGUAACAUUUGCAUACUGUGUAGAAUCCAUGCAAUGCAAUCUAGCAAGAGCUGGACUUAAACAUGAAAAUCAGGGACUUGAGGUCACAUGACAUUUUAAAUGUUCAAGAGUUUGAAGUGUAUUUUCUUUUCCGUGUAAGCUGUCGUAGCAAAAUAACACAUUGCUCUUCAUUUUGUUUCAAAUACUGUAGUAGUGGAAAAAAUAAUGUUGUAGACCGCUGGUCGAUCUUACAUCGAAGUGUAAAUAUUUGAUAAAGAGAGGAAAAAAAAAAAAAAGAAAAGUACGGAGGAAUAUUAUAUUCAUUGUAUCUACCCAAACCAAAGUUGAGCUUGAACACAAAGUCUGGUUGUGUCUGUAUCAACUAAAAAAGAAACAUAGAAGAAAAUGCCAUUUAUUUAAAUGCCUUGAUUCAAUGUUAGAAGCCAUAUAUUUGGUUUGUGAGUAUGUAUAUCCGUGGGUGUACGUUUGUGUGCGUGGGUUUGUUGGUAUGUUUUGAGCUUUUGUUUUCGGAGAAUGGACACACGCUCUCUUUCACUCUGCUUCGUCAGGGCUAAUUAGUUUAGCAUGCAGGCAGCGUCUCUGACCACUUCUCGUGAAACAUCUGCCAAGUGGUCCGACGUUUUGCUCCUCAUUCCGAUUGUAAGCCUGGAGGCAAAGGCGCUUAAAUAAUUCCAACUUUAUCGAAAGGAGACAUCGGAGAACAUCUCAUAGUGUAUACUUGCUUGUUUUUGUCUAGGUUUAUUGAUUAACACAUGCAAUAUAAUUCUGCAAUACUCUACCCUGCCUAUAUAUAAAUAUAUAAAUACAUGAAUAUAGAUAUCUAAACAUAAGCUGUACAGGAAAGUGAUUUCUUUCUCCUUUGUUUUUAACGUGAACUUUUAAAGAAUCCAGCAGCUGUUGUGGCUUCACUUGAGCUAUUGUAAUCCAGUGACCAUGUUGUUACCUUAACCAAAAAUAUUUGAAGGGAUUGGAGGCUGUGCGGUUUCAUUUUUGGAAGAAAGAAAAUCAACAACAGAAAAAAAAUAUUGAAUAAGCCGGUUCAGAGCAACUAGAAGAAUCAACACGUUGUCACUUUAAAGCCCAUUUUAGCGACUUCACUUGUCCAAGUGGGGGCAUUUGGAGUAAAACAUGGCAACGCCUUUAAGAAAAACUCUGCUCCACGUUGAAGUCAAUCGGCCGCAAUUGUCCCCAAACUACAAUGAAUGUCUCAACAUUUGGGUUCAAAAUGACUAUUCCAAUCGGAAGAUUAAGUCAAGGCUUUGGUUCUAGUUCUUCUCGAAUUAUUCACAUCCUUCUCUUACUGAAUGUAUGCCAUACGCGGAGGAAGACAGCUAAUCAGAUACGAACUGCCAUGUAAAUAAAGGGAUGAUCAUUUGAAUAGGCUUUUAUGAUGCAAGGGGGUUGCUGUAUGUUGUUGCUGCGUGUCUUUUUAAGAAAUCUUGAUGAUGCUUCUCCAGGUUGCUGUGUUUGUCCUGUAUGCUACUACCAACACCCCAUCACCACAUCAAACAUUCUUUAAAAAAAUUAAUAAUCAAUUUAGUGAGGUCGAACAAGUCCAAGUUGUUGAUAGGGGAAGGAGAAGGAGGAGGAGGAGAUCCCAUUAUUAAGCCCCUUGUGUUGCACUACAACCUUGUAAUCAAAAUGAAAAUCAAUGCUCCAUUCCCCUAAAAAUGGUCACGUGACUUCUCCUGGACCAAUUAUGUAGUUAAGUCGGAGAAAAGUGGAUUCAAUUCUGUUUUUCUCAGAAGCUGAUUUAGUGCGUUCUACAAACAACGCCUUUUUCAACUUUACUGCCGUUAGCAUCGAUCCGGAGCCUAACGAGAAAAACUGAUGCGAUGGACUUAUCACUCAGGUUUGCUUCCUUUCUAGAUAAAGAUAUGUAUUGAUUGCUGCAGCCAAGUGGCCCAUUGAUUGACGUACACUUGUCUAUUCUCCCCAUAAUCAACGUGUUGAUUGAACGAUGCGACGCCAUUCAAUUUAAAUUGUCCGGGCUGAGUCACAACCCUGAAAUUGGUUCUACAUUACUCCACCAUGUGAUGCUGCCAGGUUUUAACAACGUCUUCUGAGAACCCUUAAAACAAGGUGUAGGUGAUUGUUUUUAUCUAAGGGCUUCAUCUCAUAGCUUGAAAAACUCUUUUUUAAUGUCGGACAUCGUCAAGUUGUGUUCACUGACUAACAUGCACUAAACCUUUGUCAUAGUUGGUCACAAUGCUGUGGCCCUCAUUCAUCAGCAACUUUCUAUUGCUUUUUUUCCUAUGGGAAAGGUACAGUACAGUACAGUGCAUGCCGAAAGGCCAAUACGAUUGUGAAUUAAUCUAGUCCAUUUGAGUCCGUAGCUUGUCGUGUUCUUCAAUGCUGUUCCAGUGCAAUCAAUUGGUCCUCUUCCCUGUUCCUUUUCUGCUAAUACCAGAGUUUGCCCUAUUAAGCUGCUAUCAGGACUGUGCUGAUAUUAUUUGAAGGGAUCCACAGUCAGUGAGAGCAAAGACGGUCGGAGAGCUAAAGAGCUAAUGUUCCAGGCAAUAUCAGACACUAUUCCAUUGCAUCCAUUCAGUAAGUAGUACGUAAGUCACUCCUAUGGAAAGUAUGACAUCCCAGAACCAGAACCAUUGACCGUUACGGCCAAGCACAUACAUGCUUUAGGUGUGAUAGUGUCGUAUAGCUGUGUCCUUCCCCACCCCCACCCCAACUGGUCGGGGGGUUCCGAGUGCUGCUUCUGGACCUUACUGUCAGGUGGGAUGAGAACCUCUCACAUAUUUUUGACACUGACUGACAAUUAUUGAGAGCAUCAAAGACUCAAACCUCUCAUUUGUUGCUGUACCAGAUAUAAAAGGUACUGAAUGCCUUGGUGUUGAUGCAUUAGCAAAUCAGGGUCUUAAUUUUAUUUAUAAAUGUGUCUUUUGAUUUGUCCUUAUAGUGUGUUUGUUUUUUUGUUUUUACAAUGUGCCCCCAUGCACAUGGACUGUAUAUACCUUGUGCCUAGUAUAUCUAGUUUCCACAUAGUCUAUUUUUGUGGUAUGUAUGUGCCUGUAAAAAUGCAAAUGUUUUUUUUUAACUUGCAAAAUAUGUAAAAAAAAAAAAAAAAGAAAUGAAGAAAGAAAAAAACAUUACCUGAAGACUAGUAUUGCUAACUUAAAAAUGACAAUGUCAGUAUUUAUUAUUUUCCCUGAUAAGGGAAAUCACAAUAUUGCACAUUUUUGUUGGUUUGAGCCUUCCAACACCAUGCGCGAUGUACUCCGUACUUUUAUGUUCUGUAUAUAUGCUAUACACAGAGAUGUGGGGCACAUUGUUGUGUUUUUACCACAACCUGGUGUACAAGAACUAUUUUAUACAGUGAGAGGAGUUCGCUCUGACAGGUUUCUGGUGGAUAUCAACAGUCUCGACGUUAGAUUAAAUGACGAAAUUACAAUGAAAAUAAUGCAAGUGGAGAUGCCUGCACAAUAGAGAAUGUAGGCACAUGCUGGAAAAUUGCUGCAUAGUUCUUUUGUUUUUUGUUUUUUAACACCGAUGUUGAUUGCACGCUGAUCACAAAAAAAACGUCACAAACCAGUGUCCUAAUUGGGUUACUUUGACACACAAUAGGUGAGUGCAUGCUUUUAUUUGUCCAGUGAUUCUAAGUGGGACCUUCAACUCUAGACAUUGUCGCAUACCAACCACUGUACAAUUACUUCAUUUAGCAGUUCAACCCUUUGUCUCGUAGCUACUGUAGCCCGAUUAGCUGACCUAAGCCUUCUCUCCGCUUCAGGACUCACUGUAUGGUGUGCUUGAGUUUGUGCGUGUGUGUUCCCGUGCCUUUCCUUUCAUAACGUUGGUCCCACUUGAGAAUACUGUACGAUUUUAUUUAGGUAGAGCUUGAAAUACACGUGAGCAAAAGCCAGGCAGUUUUUACACAGUCACUCGAUUACUUGAGAUAUGGGUUAAUCCGUUCCAUGACUAUGCUCGUAACUCAAAACACGCAAAUCUCAAAUAAUCUUUCCCCAUUUCCCAUUCAAUUUAUUGAAAUGCCAUUAAAACCACCAUUCCACCCACCCCAAAAAAAAAAAAAAAUUGUAUUGUGUAUUUUAAUGAGGAGAAAUAACUCCAUAAUAUUGUACUUCAUGAAAACAUAGAGUAAUUACAUAAUUAAAUAGAUUUAAUAAAGUUUUUGUGGCGGCACGGUAGUCAACUGGUUAGAGCAUCUGCCUCACAGUUCUGGUUCAAUCCCCGGCCCCAUCUGUGUGGAGUUUGCAUGUUCUCCCCGUGCCUGUGUGGAUUUUUUCCGGGCACUCCGGUUUCCUCCCACAUCCCAAAAACAUGUAUGGUCGGUUAAUUGACAACUCUAAAUUGCCCGUAGGUGUGAAUGUGAGUGCGAAUGGUUGUUUGUUUGUAUGUGCCCUGCAAUUGGCUGGCAGCCAGUUCAGGGUGUAUCCCGCCUCCUGCCCGAUGACAGCUGGGAUAGGCUCCAGCACGCCCGAGACCCUAGUGAGGAGAAGCGGCUCAGAAAAUGGAUGGAUGGAUGGAUGGAUGGAUGGAUGGAUGGAUGGAUGGAUGGAUGGAUGGAUGGAUGGAUGGAUGGAUGGAUGGAUGGAUGGAUGGAUAAUAAUCAAGUUUUUGUGGCGGCACGGUGGUCGACUGGUUAGAGCGUCAGCCUCACAGUUCUGUGGACCUGGGUUCAAUCCCCGGCCCCGCCUGUGUGGAGUUUGCAUGUUCUCCACGUGCCUUCGUGGGUUUUCUCUGGGGACUCCAGUUUCCUCCCACAUCCCAAAAACAUGCAUUAAUUGGUGACUCUAAAUUGCCCGUCGGUGUGACUGUGAGUGCGAAUGGUUGUUUGUUUGUAUGUGCCUUGCGACUGGCUGGCAACCAGUUCAGGGUGUACCCCGCCUCCUGCCCAAUGAUAGCUGGAAUAGGCUCCAGCACGCCCGCGACCCUAGUGAGAAGGAGCGGCUCAGAAAAUGGAUGGAUGGAUAAAGUUUUUGUCACAAUGAAUUGAUUAAAUGAUGGUUGCAGUAUAAGACAGACAGACGGAAAUACCCUGCAUUGAGGAGUUGUGAAGAAUCCCACUUCUUAUUCUUAUUCUCGGCAGUCCUUCUCUCUUUGCAGCAGCCAGUCAUAUUGCAGCAGGGCGUGUCUUUCUUGGAAUGGAAGUGGGAUUCAUAAUAACGUCUCAACUACUCUCGCUAAUGUUGGUCAUUCCACACAAAGGACAAAGAGUAUAUGAAUGAGUACUGUUAUGUUGUUGCUUAAGGGGUUAAAGCACCGAAACAUCGAUGCUAAUUAGUGUUAGCAUUAAGCUAACAGGGCCUUUCUUUAAACAGUUGUUUAGUUGUUUUAAAUACCCAAGGUUUGGUUCUCUUUGUCUUAUAUUUAGUUUGACAGUAAACUUCAACUUGGAAUGGCAUUAAACAGUUUGAAGCCUUUUUUUGGAUUAGCUGUUCACUAUUUGCCAAACUACUGCUUAUUGUAAAGUGUGUGGAGUCUGUGCUCGCAAGUCAAAGCAAAAAAUCGGUUGAACGACGGCUCAUAUCUCGAAAAACAAGGCACCACUGUAUAAGAAAGAACAAAACUGUGUAAAUCUCCUGCAAAUGACUCGAGCACAUGCAAGUAGCAUUCCAUAGCUCUCAGCUUUGUAACCAGAGAUACUUUACCAGCAACAUGUAGAAAACAGCACAGACUAUGUGACGCAAGAAAAGUGUCGUCUCCCUUUGCAUGGGGGU